CGCCCGCCCAGCCUUUAGCCUCCCUCCCGCCGCCGCCUCUGUCUCCCUCUCUCCACGAACUGCCCAGGAGCGAGCAGCUGCUCUCCGACGACCCGACGGACCGACAGACGCACGGACUGCCCGACCCUCAAGACUGCCAACCAGCCAGCCUGUGCCCGCCGCUUCCCCUCCUCAGUCUCGCAGGCACACCCACCAUGUGGCCCCUGUGGCCUCUUGCGGCCCUGCUGGCCCUGAGCCAGGCUCUGCCCUUCGAGCAAAAAGGCUUCUGGGACUUCACCCUGGACGACGGGCUGCCCAUGCUGAACGACGAGGAGGCUUCAGGCGCCGACACGACCUCGGGCAUCCCAGACCUGGACUCCCUCCCGCCCACCUACAGCGCCAUGUGCCCUUUCGGCUGCCACUGCCACCUGCGGGUCGUUCAGUGCUCCGACCUGGGUCUGAAGGCUGUGCCCAAAGAGAUCUCGCCCGACACCACUCUGCUGGACCUGCAGAACAACGACAUCUCCGAGAUCCGAAAGGAUGACUUCAAAGGCCUCCAGCAUCUCUAUGCCCUGGUCCUGGUGAACAACAAGAUCUCCAAGAUCCACGAGAAGGCCUUCAGCCCCCUGCGGAAGCUGCAGAAGCUCUACAUCUCCAAGAACCACCUGGUGGAGAUCCCUCCCAACCUGCCCAGCUCCCUGGUGGAGCUCCGCAUCCAUGACAACCGCAUCCGCAAGGUGCCCAAGGGCGUGUUCAGUGGGCUGCGCAACAUGAACUGCAUCGAGAUGGGUGGGAACCCCCUGGAGAACAGUGGCUUUGAACCUGGAGCUUUCGAUGGCCUGAAGCUCAACUACCUGCGCAUCUCUGAGGCCAAGCUCACCGGCAUCCCCAAAGACCUCCCCGAGACCCUGAAUGAACUCCACCUGGACCACAACAAAAUCCAGGCAAUCGAGCUGGAGGAUCUGCUCCGCUACUCAAAGCUGUACAGGCUGGGCCUGGGCCACAACCAGAUCCGCAUGAUUGAGAAUGGGAGCCUGAGUUUUCUGCCCACCCUGAGGGAACUGCAUUUGGAUAAUAACAAGCUGUCCAGGGUGCCUGCCGGCCUUCCGGACCUCAAGCUCCUCCAGGUGGUCUAUCUGCACACCAACAACAUCACCAAGGUGGGCGUCAAUGACUUCUGCCCGGUGGGCUUCGGGGUCAAGCGAGCCUACUACAAUGGCAUCAGCCUCUUCGGCAACCCCGUGCCCUACUGGGAGGUGCAACCAGCCACCUUCCGCUGCGUCACUGACCGCCUGGCCAUCCAGUUUGGCAACUACAAAAAGUAGAGGCGGUGGCAGCCGCCAAGGUGGCCCGGGCGGGGUCUCUGGGAAGCACAGCAGAUGUCCUGAGGGGGGAAGCAAAGCAAGGGAGCGAAGCCAAUGCUCAGCUGCACCCGACCCAGCCCAACCCUUGAUCCCCAACCCCCCUCAUCGCCUCCCGACGUCCUUGCCCUGGCUCCCAAGUGCGCAGGUGAGGCGUGAGGCCUGGCCCCCAUCACACGCCCUUUAGCUUCAGAGCUGCCCCUGGUCCCCCAUCAUGACCACGCAGAGGUGCCCCCACGAAACUUUCUUCCCAUUCACCCC